AAGUCGUCAAAGUGUGCUCCGUGCUGCGUGCUGCGCCGGCUUUCCCUUAUGUUUUCCAGCACUCUCGACACGCCCCUUCUCGACUCUUUUUCCAACCCAUCCUGCACUUCUGCGUGUAUGCAACUGGCUGCCAUACGGUUUUUCAUCAAUUCAACCACCGAUCGCCAUCGAACUGCGCCCAUCUCGACCUGCAUCCGGACCGCGGCAACGAGACGCAACGCAUCAGCUAUACCACCGCCUCCCAUUACCAGUCCGCCCGCCGUGAUCCUGCAAAAGGUGUUGUCGUCGUCGCUGGUCCAAACUGCGACGUUCGCUAGCCCCACGCUUAUUGGCCGCUUCGACUUAUGGAGAUGAGGCCCUGAACGAGCACCCUCGAGCACCCUUUGAGCCGCGCCAGAUCCAGACGCGCGCACUGCGCAUGUGCACCCUGCACAUCUGCCUAGUGUGCUAAUCGUGUUUCUAUACCAUCUUCUUGGCGUGUAUUGUCGAUUUGGCCAUUCUGCGCCAUGAACUCGGAACACAUGGCCGAUGACGACGCUGCAAGCGAGACGUCGUCUCUGUCGUCAGUGCAGUCCCCGCAAACCAGCUCGCUCGACGAAAUUCGCGUCACAACCCGCGCUCCUGCUGCUGCCGCCUCCGCAUUUGCUGAAGGUGUUGUUGCAUCUUCCACUUCGGCAACUCCCGCACCUGCGCAUGCUAUACCAACACCCACGCCCGCCGACACAACUGCUAAGCCCAAGAGAGCACGCAAGCCUCGGGAACCCAAAGUCGAAGGCAAAGAUGAGAAACCAAAGGAGAAGAAGCCUCGCAAGCCGCGAGAACCCAAGGUCAAGGCCGAAGAUGGCUCUGCGCCUGCACCUCGCAAGCGCCAGAAGAAAGAGCCUGCUGCCAUUGCCCCUGAUGCAUCUGCCUCUGGACCUCGUCAGUCCACNCCUCCGCCGCAACCACAGCACAUUCUGGCGUCGCAACCUCUGCAACGACCGAAUCAGCCCGACAUCUUGAUACGCGACAGUCUUCCACCUGCAUCAAAACCGCCGACACCGCGCCCGUACUCGAGUGGUCAGAACUUUGAUCCGAUCAGAGGUUCCAUCCUCGGUGCAGCACCGCCGCAACCGCCGACGAAGCAGUCAAGUGGUGAACAAUCUGCACCUCCAUCAGCCGACACCUUUGCACGCCCCUCCGGACCUCCGCCUGCGCCGACCAGGCACACGAAUGGUGAACCAUCAGCACACCUGUCACCCAAUUACAAUCGUGCCUCAGCUUCACCGUCCAUCAACAGCCUCAUUGACCCUCCCAGCAAACCCUCACUCCCAUUGUCGCACACCUCACAAACACCGACGUACGCACAACAGCCGCCUAGCUUUGUUAGUUCUGCACACCAUUCACCUACGCCACCAGUGGCUGCACCCGCGGCUCUACCUCAAAAGGCAUCUUUACCACUAACCUCUCCGGCACCUCCACCUCAACAACAACAACCUCAAGCGCAACCGAUGCCGCAAACGGACGGCGCGAUGGACAUUGAUGGACCUGUGUGCGAAGCGCCAAUGAAGACGCAACCUUCGAAAUCGUCGUCAUCGGCGCCGACGCCUCAAGUCCAGGCCAAGGAGAAGAAGGCCGCUUCACCCAAGGCUGCUGGCACUGGACUUUUGGCUAGCAACAAUCUCUUUGGCGGACCUGGAGCUAAACAAGAGUCAGAGAUCCGCGGACCAAACAUCGAGAUUCGGAUCUCGCUGAAUCGAGAUGGUGGUAACACGGUCAACAUCGCACAGGAGAUCUUCAAGAAGUACGGUCAAGACGCAAUCAAUCCUCGAGCUGCAGCACAUCGAGCAAAGCUAUUGCAAGUCGCAGCUGCACAGAACAAGCUCGAGGGAGGCUCUGCAGACGACAUGUCUGUUGAUUUGAUGUCAGAUAUGGAUGGAGACAGCAACAUUGAGAUGGGCGGCAUGGAUGACGAGGGCAAGUCUGCCACUGGAGCUGAUGACGCCAAGCCACGCAAGAGGCGGAGGAAGGUCGAGGAGUACGACAAAGAUGACGACUUCAUCGAUGAUACGGAGCUCGCUUGGCAGGAGAAGGCCGCUGUGGCGAAGGAUGGUUUCUUCGUGUACUCCGGCAAGCUUGUACCUGAGGGCACAACUGCGAAUGUUGAGUCUGCAGCACCAUCUGGCCGAGGCCGUGGCGGUGGACGAGGACGUGGUCGCGGUAGAGGCGGUACCACUGCUGCUUCGAGUGCUACUACAACUGCUACCGAGAAAGUGCGGGAUCCCAACGCACCGACGCGAGGUCGUGGCAGCAGAGGUGGCAAGAUUCCUGGCGCGCCUAGGAAGCCAAGGAUCACGAAGGCUGAGAAGGAGAAGCUCGAAGCGGAGAAGGCACAGAGAGAGCGCAUGAUGAAUGCGCCAGCUGGGACUUCGGCCACGCCCAUGUCUACGACCAACUCGGCGACUCCGGCUUCCCUGGUUCAGCAGCAGCCGCCUCCGCAGCAGCCUGCUUUGGCGUCACAACAUCACGUUUACUCCAAUGGUACGACGGGCCAGCAAGGUGUACAGGUAUAGGACUACCAGUCGCAGUAAAGUCAGAGCACGGAUAUCGAUCUGCGCUACGACAGCCCGAUCAUCUUGUCGAAGAACUGCGCUGGCUCAGGCUCAGGCAUAGGCACCCAACACCGCUGUGCUACUUCGACCUCUUUUGCUUUUUCUUUCUGGCGUCAUGAUACCACCACCAAUUACUGGCCCUUUCACCCGCUUCUGAGGUGGUUAUGCGAGUUUGGCUGUCUUUAUGCGGACGAACAAGGGCAGGCGGACAGGCGCUUUCACGACACGUUUCAUUUUCUCUGUUAUUGCCUCAGCGAGAAAGCGAGAAGAGAAUGGCGAUGGACAGCUUCUCUGGUCUGCAGUUUCAUAGACCCCCUACGGAAUUUAGGGAUUGCUCAUGGUGUAUGUAUACUAAGUCUACUGCUACUACUGUUUGUUGCUACUACUGAUGGGCUUACUACUGCUGCUGUUGCCGCUGCUGCUAUCGCAGCUAUGAUUGUGGCUUGGGACAUUACUGUAGCGUUGAUAGCAUAGCUUAUUGCACCAAG